CAAUGUGUACGUGUGUAUGUUUGUGUGAGCGAGAGAGCUAGAGAAAGGAAGAAAAGAACAGGUGAGUUUUUAUGUUACAUUUUUUUUUUUUUUCUAAUAAUUAUUCUGUAUUCUACACAGUAUAUGCAAUACAUGUAACAUAAAAACUCACCUGUUCUUUUCUUCCUUUCUCUUUUCAAUCGAAUAAUGUCCAUUAAACGGUUUGAUAUACAGAUAUUAUCUAUUAGAUGCUAAUAAAAACUUAAAAAUGAUUAAAUAUCCCAUCCAAUAGAUUUAUCAAAUUUAUUGUAGAAUUUUUUAAAAAAAUAUUUUAUUCUAUUUUUAGUUAUUCAAAAUUAUUGGUACGUCGACAUUGGCUUGUACUUGGACUUGUAUGUUCUAUAUGUUUUAUAUUAACAAUAAUUGGAUUAGCCAUAUCAAAAAUACCUGAUUUUAGUGAUCCAAGAAAAGGAUGGGGUGCAAGAGGACCAAGAACAAUUUUUAGUCAAUUGAUGGUAUUGCGUCAUGCAUCAGAAAAAUUUCGUUUAGCCUACGAUUUACCAUUAGAAAAAUAUGAAUUAUUUGAUUCUAGUGAACAAUUUUCAAAAGUUACAACACCGAUGAUUAAAGAUGAAAAUUAUAAUUCAACAAUAUUGGCUAAAAAUGAUAUGUGGAAAAAUAAAGAUUAUAAUCUUAUUAGUGAUACAUUUUAUGAUGAUUAUGUUGACGAAUUUGAAGAGCCACCAGAUUAUUCUGAUACAUCAUUAUACACAUGGAAUAAAGAACGACAUUAUGGUGUGAGUGAUCGAAUUAUUAAAUAUGUUGAUGAUAAAACUGUUAACAUUACUGUAGGUGAUUUUGUUAAAAAUUUACCAAAAUUUAAUACUCGUUUAUCAUUUGAUCUAUUAAAAUCUUAUGCAUUUUUACUUGAUGAACAAUAUCGUGGUCAAACAGGUCGUGAUGGUAUGAUUGAAUUUUAUAUGGAACGUAUAAAUAUUGAUGAUGAUAUGUUAACAUUACCCGUUUUACAUUCAAUUUGUUCAUGGGAAGAACGUUUUAAAAAAUUAUUAAAUUUAAAUAAUGCUAAAAGUCUUAGUUUAGCAAGAUUAGUGGCAUUAUAUAAUAAUAAAACAAAUUGUCAUAGUUUAACAAAUGAUGAUAUUAAACAAUUUCGUCAUAUAUUAACAACAUGUGUACCAUAUUAUGUAAAUGGUUAUAUGGAAUUUUUGAGUGAUUAUUUUUUAAAUAGAGUGGCAACUGAACGAGAAGAAGGUAUUACAUAUCAAGAACAAACAAAAGCAUUGUAUACAGCUUUAAGACAUACAUGUUUCUAUCGAAAUAUUACACGAUUUAUAUUCGAUCAUUUUGUUGAUAAAGAUUGGAUUAAAAAUUUAAAUGAUUAUAAUAAAACAACUGAUAAAUAUCCAAAAGUAGCAUUAACAAUGAUUUAUAUUACUAAUUAUCAACCAAAAAUAGAAAAUCAAAGUAUUUAUGAUAGAAUGUGUAUGAAACGUUUAUAUUUUGAUCGAACAUAUUGUUUAAAACGUGGAUGUUUAAAAGAUUAUAUUAAUAAUGCUCUUGUAAGUUCAUGUAAUCUAAAAAAAUAUCGUACAACAACAAAAAAUUCUAAUAAUUCUAAUUCUAUUAAUUGUCUACAAUAUUGUGAAUGUUUAUUUCAUUGUGAAAAUCAAACAAAAGAAUUUGUAACUAUGGAACCAAUUUAUAAAUCAAAAGAACUUAUUUCAUUAUUUGAAAAAUAUUUUGCUGGUAAACGACAAGUACCAUCGUAUAGAGAUGAACAUGUAAAAUUAGUUGCACUCAAUUUUGCCAAUAUUCGAGAACGAGCAGCUAUGUCAAGAAUAAAUAUGCUGUUGGUAUUAAUUGCAAUGGCAUUAAUUAUGGCAAUAACAAUAUUAUAUUUGAGAAGUGUAUCUAUUGCAUUAAUUAUUAUCAUUGGAUGUGGAAUGUCAAUUGGAGUAUCUUACUUUAUUUAUUCUGUUAUUUAUAGUAUUCCAAUAUUUCCAUUUAUGAAUCUAAUGAGUGCAUUUAUUCUCAUUGGCAUUGGAUGUGAUGAUAUAUUUGUGUUUUUUGAUACUUGGGAUCAAGAAAAGCGUGAAUGGUUACGCCGAAAAGAUGAAGAAAAAAAACAUGUUCAAAGUACAACAUUAACAGAAGAAAAUAAUAGUAUUUUAAUUGUUGAUGUUGUAAAUGAAAAUGAAUCUAAAUUAACAAGAUGUUAUCAACAUCGAUUACAUAAUACUCAUCAUCCAGUUGAAACACGACAAAUGUUAUUGGAUUCUGAUGCAUUAGCUGAAAUUAUGAGUAAAACAUUGAAACAUGCUGCAAGUUCAAUGUUUGUUACCAGUUUUACAACUGCAGCAGCCUUUUUUACAAAUAUGUUAACAAAUAUAUCAUUUGUACAAGUAUUUGGCGUUUUUACUGGUACAUGUAUAUUACUCUAUUUUAUUAUUACAAUUACAGCCAUUGCUGCUUAUUGUAUUAUAUAUGAAUUGUAUAUUCAAGAUAUAAUAUCAAAAUUAUCAAAAUGUUUUUCAUCUCCUAGUCAUACACAUCUAAGUGUUAAUCCAAGUACAAAUUCAAUAAUCAAAAUAUUUAAACGAUUAUCAUUGUAUUUCAAUCACUUUCGAACAUAUUUAUUUUUUUAUUGGCUUCCACGAAUUAUUAUAACUCUUCGUUAUAUACUUGUACUAUUAUUUUUACCCAUGGGUAUUCUAGGAAUGGUAGGCGUUUUUCAUUAUCCAAAAUUAAAAGUACCAUCAACACAAAAAGUGGCCUUUUUUCUAAAAGAUAAUCCAAUGGAAAUUUAUGAAUUUCAAAUGAAAAGAAUAUUUGAAGGAUAUAAUAAAGAGGAAAAACGUUUAUUUGCUUAUCCAUCAAUUAGUUUUAUAUUUGGAAUUAUUGAUCGUGAUGAUGGUUAUAGAUUUGAUAUGAAUGAUCGAGGAAAAUUACAUUUAAAACCAUUAUAUUUAAGUCAUAAUAGUACAUUAGAAUUUUUUAAAAAUUUUACUACUAUAUUAGGUACAAGAACAGAUUUAUUUAGUUCAAACUAUGAUUUAGAACAAGAUUAUAAACAAUUUUUAUCAUUAGCCACUGAUGAAAUACUUCUUGCUAAAGCUGUUGAUGAUAAAGCAAAAUUAAAUAUAUCAUUAACUAAUUAUAAACAAAUGAUUCAAUUUUUAGUUAAAUCUGAUCCAAAAAUUAUACAAAUAUUAGUAAAUAAAACGGUACGUGGUAUAAAUUAUCAAUUAAAAAAUGAUUUUUCAGAUGAUGAAGAUUAUAUUGAUUUUGAAAUUGAUAAAAUUGAUAAAAAUAUGAUUAUACAAAGUUUAAAUGAAUUAAUUAAUAAAAAUAUAAUUAAUUAUAAACGAUAUCGAAAAAAUUUUAAUAAAACAUUACAAGAACAUUAUAAAGAUCAAUUAAAAUUAACAUAUAAUCAAGAUGAAUUAAAAAAUAGUUUAACAAAAUCUUAUCGUGAUAAAGAAGUUGAACAACAUCAAAAUAGUGCAUUAAAAACAGCAUUUGCUUGUUUAUCAGGUGAAGCAGGUUUAAAUAAUGUUCCAAUUGAUUUUUGUGAAAGACAAAUAAAUCAUCGACGAUCAAUAAAUUGGGCUGUAUUACCAGAAAAAUUAGUAAAUAAUAAUAUAAGACCAUUUGCGGCUAUAAUAACUAUACGUGGAAAUUUAAAUAAAACUGACUAUGAUUCGUAUAAUGAUUAUUAUUUUAAAAUUAAAAGUUUUUUUGAUCCAUAUAUAAAAAAUUAUGCACCAGAACAUUUGAAACAUGCUUGGUUUUCAAGUCCGGGCUUCGCAUUUUAUGGUGUACAACGGGAACUAUUAGUAGGCUCUUAUUCAUCAUUAGUAGCCUCAUUGGGAAUAGCAUUAUUAGUCUUAUUUUUAACAAGUGGAAAUUUAUUUAUUGCCUUUUAUGCAUUAGUAACUAUUACAUUUGCUAUUGCUGUCAGUAUUGCCAUUUUUGCUGCACUUGGUUGGGAAUUGGGAAUUGUUGAAGCAAUUAUUGUUAUUAUGUCUGUUGGAUUAUCCGUAGAUUUUACGGUACAUUUUGGUGUAGCUUAUAUACAUACAAAUGAAAAAGAUAUUCAUCAUGUAAGACGAAUUGUGGCAAAAAAAUAUGCUGAUAAAAUUUUAAUGAAAAAGACUAAUGUUCUUUCAAUAAAUGAUAAUGGUGAAGGUGAUAAUUGUUUAGAAUUUGAAGUUGAGCAACCAUCACCAAGGCAAUCUUCGCCUACUUAUCGACAAUUACUUGGUGAACAUCAAGCUGAACGUGAAACAAGAGUUCAUGAAUCUGUUGCACGUGUUGGUAGUGCUGUAUUCAUGGCUGCUUUUACAACAUUUGCCGCUGGUUUUAGUAUGACAUUAUCGAGUUUAACAUCAUUUAGACAAAUGGGUCAAUUUUUAAUGACAAUCAUGUUAACAAGUUAUGUAUUUGCAACAUUUUUCUUUUUACCAUUGUGUGCUAUUAUGGGUCCUGUUGGAAAUUGUGGAUCAAUACCAUUUAAUACAAUUUGUACAUUUUUUAAGCGUUGUUGUUCUCGUCGUCGUUCAUUAUAA